AUGGCGGCAACAUCAAAAGAAGAAGUGAAAACAAUUGGGAACAGCAAGUUUAGCUCUAAACUGAAGGGUUUAAAAUUCAUGCAGCGAGCGCAGGAGAAGAAAACGAGCGACGACGAGAAAGCAACAACAACAACGACAUCAUUAACCACGGCGAGAACAACGACAGCAACAACAACAACGAAAGCAACAACUUUAAGUAACAACAAGAACGACGACGAGCACUGGACGUACGAGAAUCCAGAGGAGUACGAACGCGCUCGCAAGCAAAAAGCUUUGCAAGAGCAGCUCGCCUCUGUGCGAGAGAAGAAGAAAACAUCGAACACGCAGUGGGUAUUCGGUCGUCGAAGUUUCGGCGGCUUCAACAAAGCCAUUGAAGCCAUGGCGAGAGAGCAGCAAGAGAGAACGAGGAAGGCGAAAUUAGCGAUUCGCGACGCUCGAAUAAGUAAAGUAGACAAGAAGAAUACGAAAAAAAAGACGACGAUUCAGACGACGAAGAGGAAGAAAUAG